UUGACGUGACUUACUUUUUUCAGUCGGUCCUUCAAAGUUCAACACCGACAUUUUGAUCGGAAUUAUAAUCAGAAAAAUCCAUAUAAAGCCGUCAAAAUGUUCGGCCGAUUCGCACCGGGUGUGUGCACCCAGGUUACCCUUGUGGUAAACCAACAGCAAAGCCGUAACAUGGCUACACUAAAGGCAAUCUCUAUCCGUCUGAAGUCGGUGAAGAACAUCCAAAAGAUCACCCAAUCCAUGAAGAUGGUGUCAGCUGCUAAGUACACUCGUGCUGAACGUGAUUUGAAGGCUGCCCGCCCAUACGGAGAGGGUGCUGUCCAAUUUUACGAAAGGGCUGAGGUUGCCGCCCCUGAGGAUGAGCCCAAGCAGCUCUAUAUUGCCAUGACCUCGGACAGAGGUCUGUGCGGUGCGGUACACACUGGUGUGUCGAAGGUUAUCCGCAACCGUUUGAACGAGCCCGGUGCGGAGAACAUCAAGGUCAUCUGUGUUGGUGACAAGUCCAGGGGUAUCCUGCAACGUCUGUACGGAAAACACAUUAUUAGUGUAGCUAAUGAGAUUGGUCGUUUGCCGCCAACUUUCCUGGAUGCAGCUCAGCUGGCCAACGCCAUCCUGACCUCUGGCUACGACUUUGGAUCUGGCAAAAUCAUCUAUAACAAGUUCAAGUCUGUUGUGUCCUAUGCCCAGGACGAUCUGCCUCUGUUCAGCAGGAAGGCGAUUGAGAACGCUCCCAAGCUGGCUGUGUACGACUCUCUCGACUCCGACGUCCUCCAGUCCUACAUGGAGUUCUCCCUCUCCUCCAUGUUGUUCUACGCUCUGAAGGAAGGCGCCUGCUCUGAACAAUCCUCCAGGAUGACAGCUAUGGACAACGCCUCCAAGAACGCCGGAGAGAUGAUUGACAAGCUCACCCUGACAUUCAACAGAACUAGACAGGCUGUCAUCACCAGGGAACUUAUCGAAAUUAUCUCCGGUGCCGCCGCUCUGGACUAAAUCAUGCCCUCAAUAUCAUAUACAAAUUGGUGUCUUUAUAUUUUUUCUGUAUUUAUGUUUAAAUGUAUGUAUUUCGACUGCCAAACAAUAGGGGAUACAAACUGACAUUCCCAAAUAAGUAUUUUGGAAGAUGUAAAACACACGCGACUUGACUGGCUUUAACACCUUACAUUUCUCCAAAACCCUUAUUUGAUUCCGUGAUUGUUUGUAAGGAUGCAGUGGUGGUUAGCAUUAAAGUAUUGUUUAGAA